ACUUAUAAUAGGUUGUGCUUCGACUUUAUCGAUCAUGUCCGAUGUUUGUGUGGAAAAAAAUAAAGCUGGCAAGAGCAGAUCAACUGUACGUAUACUUACUGCAUUGUUAUUCACAAUGGAGCUUAUGUAAUUCUUGUUUGAAGAAAGCCCGUGCUGACGUGUACAUUAAUCAGCAACUCAGGGUACCGUGGCACGGUGAACACAAUACAUGUACAUGUACUACCAGUAGCCCAUCGUACAAAAGGAAGCAGAGCCAGCUAAUGUAUACGUGCUCCUAUCCUCCGCGCAAUCGGGCGCCGUGCAAGUAAAUGAUUGAUGCUGGUAUUGGGAUAUACUUUAAGCUCCGUGCUUGCUGGACGGAUGAUGACUUCAAGUUUUCUUCGAGUUUCUCGGACGGUGAAGUGCUCAAGAUACACACAAGGAAUGUGCCUUGAUUGACUUGAAGGAGACUUCGGAAAGACUAGCGAGUGAAAAUCGACGGCUGUUUCCUGGGUGCAGCAUCAUCCACCGACGACUGUUGCAUUCACUACUGGUGCUUGCAGCAGGUGGCACCACACCACACCGGGACGCAAAUCUACUGGGGGUUUGCGGCUCAACAUGUCAGCACGGAGAAUCAUCAGAGCCACCAAAAAGCGUAUUACUGUGGGACUCUUGAUUGUGUUAGCGACCCUGUACGCUAGCUUUGUGGUGUUCGGGCGGGGCUUUGUUCUCAGCAAAACAGAUACGUUGUUGAAGAGAGUGUACACGGACGAUGUGUUGGAUGUUAGGAACGAGGUUGUUGCACCCCCGGACACGAGACUGCCAGUGUCACAUGGGCACACAUUACGUAAUCACUCAUCAGAGAUCCAGAAUGCUUCGCGGGUCAACACUAGCGCUGUUAACAACCAAAGUAAAGAAAUAAUGCAGGAUAAGACAGAAACGAAUCAACAAGAGGAAGAUGCUGAAUUCCUUCAGCGCAUGGCGGAUGUGCAGAAGGCUCGCCACGACCUGAUCCGCAAACGAUGCGCCGACACUUACAACAUCACCGAACAAGUGGAUUUCAGAAGGGACCGCGCUAAAAUCCUGUCCUGGAAGAAGUUGUACGAGCACGCUUACGCCAACGAUGACUUCAAGUUCAUCAUCUGCCGGGUGCUGAAAGUCGGCUCCUUCAGCUGGCGUAAAGUCAUCAGGUCGUUGUGGGAAAAGGGGAGUCCGGCUUUCAAGAGGAAACAGAAAAUGGGCGACUACGCGAUGCGAGAAUACGACGACGAGACGUUUCUAACGGAGCUGGAAAAUUACACCAAGGUCUUGUACGUGCGGGAGCCGUUCGCGCGGCUACUGUCCGGCUACAGGGACAAGUACGUCGAGCUGCGUCACUUCCCGUACUACAAGCCCAUUGGCUCCAAGAUCAUUCAAGCCUACCGAAAGGGCGCCACCAAGAGUCAGAUUAACAGCGGCAAGCCCACAUUUGAAGAGUUCGUCCGAUGGCUGGUCAAGGACCCAGACAACCGCGAGGGGGAUUACCACUGGAGGCCGCUCUUCGACUGGUACCACCCGUGCGAGAUGCAAUACGAUUACAUUGGGAAGUUAGAAACUGCUGGCGAAGAUGCGAAGUACAUUUUCAAAAUGCUUGGUAUCGAUAAGUUGGAAACCUACCCCUCCACAGAAACACAUCAUAAAUUUAGCUCCACUAAGGACAUUCUCAAGCAGUACUACUCUCAGAUCUCGCCAGAACUUUUACCAAAAAUCGUUUAUCGGUACAGAGAGGAAUUCGUGUUGUACAAUUACACUGUUCCGGAAACACUUAGCGAUAUUUGGUCUUAACUGUAAAAGCUUCCUUGGAAUAUGACAAACUUUAUCUUUUAACUUUUUGAAUCCUAAGGCUUACUCUUCGUGAACCUAUUGCCUGAGGUGAUAGUUUAUGAACAUCUUGUUGAAUUUUUGCUUUGUUGUUGUUGAUGCCGUAUUGAUGUCUCACAGAUUUUAAGAAAAACAAAAAUCUCAGUCAACUCAUUUUUAAGGAGAGUGUGGCACCCUUACAAAAUGUUUUUUUGGGUAAAUAAUUGAUCAUUAACAUUACAAAAUGGUAUGAACUUUCCACUAAGACUUUCAACGAGAAAUCGGUCCACGCUAAUUAUGAAUUUGUUUCAGCUUAUGCGCUCAGUGCGCGAACAAGACAGGGCGUUUUGACCACAAUGUCUCCCCCACCCCACCCGUGGUCUCCCACAACUCUCUCUUUCUUACCGAUGAGGGGGUAUUUGUGCACGGUAGGCCUACCAAGUAAAUGCCUAAAUUUCCAUUUUAUUAUACGGGUCAGUAAUACUAAAGAAGUGUUGUAGACUCCCCCACCCCCCCCCCC